UGUUUUUCAACGGCAUGGAUACAUAUGGAUAACAAGAUUUUGAUAACUAAACCAAGAUAGCACAUAAGCUGUCGUUUCCAAAGUAAUGCUUGUAAAGCCAAAUGGAAAGAAUUUAGAAAAGUAUGUAGGCAGAACCAUGGACGAGCUAGCGAGAUCCUGUUGGAGAUUAUUGGCGCGUUCUAGUAUGUUUCUGUAAGGAAACGACGGGAACUGCCUACUCUGUGUAUAUGUGCAUUAACUAUUCGUCACGAUAAAGCCUAUAUAUACUCUAAACAUAAUUGAACCUGUUUAUAACAUAUUUUACAUAUUCGGGGGGGAAAACGUGAUUGAAAUCAGAUUUAAUCAGUUUAAUCGAUGACAUUCGGCCAGACUACCACCAGCGACCACUGCUUGGGGUUCCUUUCUGUUUCGAGAGGAUACGACGAACUAAGGCUUCAGUUUUACAUAUCCGGUUAGCUAUCUGGCUCAAAGUCUCGGUAGGGUUAACUCUGCCAAAGUAGUAGAACACAUAAACAUGACUUCAGCCAUACUAUCUGCAUUGGGUGUCCUUACUAAGCCUCUCGGAGAGGCCAUGGUGUGUGGUGCCGAACACACUGAACAGGGGGCACUAAUGGCAGCACUCCAAGCCAACCAGGCCCUGCUGGAGGACCUUCUACAGGAGAGGAAUCUGGAGGAGGUGUGCUGUCUACGGGAGCAGGUGAGGGCAGCAGCUUCCUGGGUCUGUGGCAUGACGGAGGACGUCACAUGGAACUUCAUUCAAGAAUGCUUGCUCAUGCUGCUCAGCCUGGCCCGACAUCUUACACUCCAGCUGGAGGCCUUCAGAAACAAAGACGCGAGUUGUGCUACAGGCAGACUGCGGACAUCUGAGAUGGCCCCUCCUUUGCCUCCCGACGUGCUGAGCGUGGCCCAACAGAAAAUACUUGGCGCCGCUCUACAGUUUGUUGUUUCUUUGGGCCUUUGCCCCUACCUGGCCCAAGGGGUUGGGGUGCCUCUGGGGCGCAGGUCGAUGUUCGGGACAACAGUGAAGGGGUUGGUGCGUCGUGAUGUGGCCCCUGUCCCAGAGCGCCGUCUCCUGACCACCGCCAGUGUUCUGCUGGAGCUGUCUGAGUUGUCAUCCCUGGCCACCAUGGUCUAUACUCGCCACCUGGGUGACAUCAUGGCAGCUUUAUGCCAGCUAGGGUACAGUCCAUGCCACACUGAGAAAGGAAAAGCUAAGGAGGGGACGGAUGUCAGCAAUGAGGAACGAAUGAACUGCAGGGUGGCCCUUCAAAGUCUCCUGGGAAAGGUUUACCAGCCCAUCGUCAUCAAAGAGCUUCUCUUUCUCCAAGGAGGUUCCAAACAGGCCCCCCCAGGCCCUGGUGCUGGUGGUGGCAGUAGUACCCCUCUGAGCCAGGCUCCCCCGUGGCUGAGGCGUCUGUGUGGGCAGCUGCUGUCUGAAAGGCUAAUGCAGCCCAGUGGAGUCCAGUCUGUGGUGAGGGCUGUUCUGGAGGUGGGCGUAGGAGGAGAGUCUGACUGGCGGAAAUGUGACGGUGUAGCCAGGAUCCUGGCUGCCUGCCCUCAGCAGUCUCUCUCUCCAGACAGCUACUACAACCAGGUUUGCCCCCAGAUUCUGGAGCUCCUGCACUUCAGGGACAAGCUGACCGCUCAGCAGUUCCAGCGUGUGGCCACCAGGGCGGCUCUCACCAUUGUGCAGGAUUGGCCCGAGUUUGCCCCGCAGUACCUGCUCAACCCUCUCUUCCGCUCCUUACGCCGCUGCAGGCAGGUGACAGGGGAAGGUCAAACCCGGGGCACCGUGGAGGAAUGGGAGCUGACACGCUGUGUGGAGGAUGUGUUUAAGAUUUGUGUGGUGGGGAACAGCCCAUCUGCUCCUCUGCUGAAGGCUCUGGGAGAAGUAAUUCCUGUGCUCUUUGAUCUGUACUGCUUCACCAAAAAGAAUGCUUCCCACCUACGCGCCCCCUGUCAAGAGGUCCUGCUCUGGUACAUGGGAAACUCUGAUCCUACUGUGGCCUUGUCAGUCAUAAAGCAACUGUGUGCCCUUGAUGGAGUGGAAUCCGGGGUGUCCUCUGGCUUCCACUUCACCCCUGGCAGCGAGGGAGGGGCGCAGCUCACCCCCUCCGAGUCAAUUAGUGAUGAGGACGAUGCUCUGUAUGAGAAGGUGGCUGGGGAGCAGUGGAGGGUGGAGUGUCUGGCCCAGCUCUUGGCAGAGAUGAAGGACAGUGACCUGCCUGGAGACUUCUUCCUCGAGCUACUGCGGGAACUGACUUGCUGGGCGAAGGAGGAGGACGAGGAAGAGGAUGACGUGUGUCAGCCAUCCAUGACACUACUGCAGCUAGAACAGCAUCUGUUUGGGAAAGUCAGUGGGCGGGGUCAGAAGCUAGCUCUACUGCAGGUGCUAGCUGUCAUGUGUGAAGGUCUUCCCCACACGCUACUGCUUCAUAAGCCCACCCAGGUGGUGGAGUUCAUCAGAGCCAUGCUCCAGAGGGCCUGUGUGGGUCUGGACCAGGUCCCAGCUGUUCAGGGUCCAGUGGACACCCAGACACUCAGCAUGGGAAUGGGCCUGGUGGCCACCCUGCUCUCAGGACCUUCCCCGCUCGGAGCACAGGACUAUUCUGCCAUGUCCAGGCUUCUCCCGCCCCUGCAGGAGAUCUCCCAGAGACACCCUGAGGCGGCCAUCCAGGAGCUGGCCUCAGACCUGCGCGCUGCCAUCGCCACACACGGGUCCUACCGCCCAGAAAGCGUGUCGCGAGCCGCUACUUACCCGAGCCCCGAAACGCUCCAUAACGUGCCCUGUAAGAAACAACCCAAAACCCAGAGUCCCCAAAUGGCACACCACGCCCAAACUGGCCUUCAGUUACCCGCCUCUCAUAGCAGCAGCGGCACACUCCCUCCUCCGACGCCUAACCCCCCCGCCCCCAUCCAGACCCGCCUCCCUUCCCUUAGAACACGGGGCAGUUCUGCUGAUGGGACCGCAGAGCCUGAAAUAACACGCAGAUCUCAGAAGGGAACCCCCCCGCCGGGCCAGGUUGUCGCUGGGACUACGGCAGGGGGGUCUGGUCCGUGUGGGGGGCAGCCUGGAGGUAGGGGGGGCAGCAGUCACCCCCCUGGCGGCGCCACCAGGGGGACCUUCUCAGACUGCCUCCUGGAGGCCUGUGAUCCUGACGUCCCCACCAGAGCGGUCGCCCUCAGGACCCUGACCCGGGCCAUACGGGACGGAGACAGGGACGCACUUCAGAACCAGGAGAGAGUCCUCAUGCUCUUCUUGGAGAAUCUGGAGCACGAGGACUCAUUUGUGUAUCUGUCAGCCAUUCAAGGCCUGGCACUGCUGGCCGAUUCCUUCCCUGAGAGGAUCUUGCAGCGGCUUCAGAUCGAGUACCAAAGUGGCCCGCCCCCCCAGAAGGAGAGGUCCUUGGAAACCCGGCUGAAGGUGGGAGAGGUGCUGAUGAGAGCUAGCAGGGCUUUGGGUGACCUGGCACCUCACCACGGCCGCCCCCUCAUCGGGGUUUUCCUGAGGGGGACGAGGGAUGAGGACAGCAGCGUCCGUGCCAGCUGCCUGUCCAACCUGGGAGAGCUCUGCCAGAGACUCAACUAUGCUCUGGGGCCCUGGACACAGGAGUUAAGCACAUGUCUGACUGCUCUGAUAAGGAGCGAGAAGGAGGCGGAGGUGCGGCGAGCUGCUGUCCAUGUUAUCGUCCUGCUGCUCCGGGGCCUGAGCGACAGAGCCACCCAGGUUCUGAGUGAUGUUCUGCUGGACCUGUACCGGGCCCUGAAGUGGGUGGUACGCUCAGACACUGAUGACGUCACAGUGCUACAUGCUCAGCUCGCUCUGGAGGAGCUCCACGAUGUAAUGCAGAGGUUCAUCUUCCCCAAACAGAAGCUAGAGAAGAAGAUUGUGGUUUUACCCUGAGAUUUCAGAAACCCAAACUUGCCGAACAGCACGCACACAACAAACCAGCCAGUGUCAUGAUAACUCUUUAGAAGCAUCCAGAAGUGGGAGGUUGAGGUACUUUCAGACAAGGGCCAUCAUUCUACCUUGUAAAAUAGUAUUUAUGCCUGAAGGUGAAAGGGCAGCAAACAAUGAGAAUCUUUUCUCCUCUGUUUAUAAUGGGGUCUGUUGACUUUCUCUCAGACUAUACAUUACUUUACUUUACAUGUAUUUCCCAGCAGCCAUGCUGUCAUAGUGACCAGAGGGGAAAUGAAAGUAUUUAAUCACAUUGACAGAUCUGGGCCUAUUGGUGAGGCACCAAAAUCGUACCUGUAUGUGCCUUCAAAUCUUAUAAACAGCAUGUUAUUUGACUUCAAAAGGAUUGGCUAAUAAUGUAUUUUCAAAAUAAAAAUUCCAUUAAAGUGAA